AUGGCGCUGCAGCGGGAGGUGGCUGAGCCCUCGCUCCCUGUCCCGAGGCCGAUCCCAGCGCUGCCCCCGGUGGAGCCCCGGCCGCCCGCCCGCCCCGCGGUGCCGAAGAAGGAGAAACCCCUGGGAGGUGACAAAUCCCCAGCGGUGCUGAGGAAAGGCCCCCGGGCCGAGCUCUGCGGCGCUCCCGAAGCUGUGACAUGCCAGCCCCAGGUGCGGCCACCCCCGCAGCCCCCCGGGCCCUGCACCCUCCUGCUGCCCAACGGCGCCGGGCGGGGGCCGGACCCGGCCAGUGCCAACGGGGAGAUGGGGAACGGGACCUGCCGGGCCGUGCCCAGCGUGCAGAAACCUCACCGAAAGCUGCAGUCACACCACUCUAUCAACAGCCAGAGCAGCAAGAAGAGCAAGGGCAGCUCCAAGUCACCCUCUUCCCACAUCCCCAUUGAGGCGCAGGAAGACUGCUGCGUCCACUGCAUCCUCUCCUGCCUCUUCUGCGAGUUCCUGACCCUCUGCAACAUCGUGCUGGACUGUGCCACCUGCGGCUCCUGCACCUCCGAGGACUCCUGCAUCUGCUGCUGCUGCUGCAACUCGGGCGAGUGCGCGGACUGCGACCUGCCCUGCGACAUGGACUGCGGCAUCAUCGACGCGUGCUGCGAGUCCGCCGACUGCCUGGAGAUCUGCAUGGAGUGCUGCGGGCUCUGCUUCUCCUCCUGAGGGGCUCCCCUGGGCCGGGGGACCCGCGCUGGGACCCCCCAGGCUCCCCCGCAGCGGGCGAGGCUCCGGCCAGUCCCUCGGGAAAGCUCACGGAGGAGGAGAGCGAAUCCCCCCCUGGAAUCCUCGUCCUUGGAGCCGGAUCCUGCCCAGGGAAGGGUGAACCCAGGCACGGUGGGGGCUCUGGCAGUGUCCUGUCCUGCUCUACCUCUGCCUGCACCGGGGCACCGCGGGAGCCUCCUGCCACCUGAGCCGAGAGCAGGAGCACCCAUCCUGCAGAGCCACCCUGGGGCCUUGGGGACAGCCCUGUCCUACAGAGCCACCCUGGGGUUUUGGGGACAGCCCUGUC